GGCGGACAGAGACCGGAAGCUGGGAGAUGAUGGCUUCUGAUGUUUGUUGCUUACGUGACACAACUUGUUUGGAAUUAUGUGGCCCUUGACAACUGCGUGCCACACACUUCAAGAUACAAAAGUGAGAAGAAGAGGGGGGGGGGUCACCAGAGGAGACUGAAGUCAGUAAGUUUCUACCAAAGCAGGGUUUCUUCUGGCCACCCCAAACAAAGCUGAAACUGUCCUUCAGACCUCUCCUGAGAUGGGGGUUACAUCUUUGCUCUUCUGUGGGGUGUUUUUCGUGCUUCUGUUUUUCGUGGCAGCAGAUACGUGUGAGGACAUCUUUAUGCACAAUGUGAUAAUUUCAGAGGGUCAGCCUUUUCUUUUCAACUGCACAUACCCCCCAGAAACAAACAGGGCAGUAAAUCUGACAUGGUACAAAACACCUAGCAAAAGCCCAGUAUCUAACAACAGACACUUUAGAGUUCACCAGGACCAGACCUGGAUCUUGUUUCUUCCAUUGACAGUGGAGGAUGCCGGUAUCUAUCAGUGUUUUAUAAGGAAUGCCCACAAGUGCUACCAAAUAGCUGUGAACCUAACCGUUUUCAAAAGCCACUGGUGUGACUCUUCCAUGGAGGGGAGUCCCAUAAAUUCAACAGAUGUGUACCAGCAAAUGUUACCCAUAGGAAAAUCGGGCAGUCUGAAUUGUCAUCUCUACUUCCCAGAAAGCUGUGCUUUGGAUUCAAUAAAAUGGUAUAAGGGUUGUGAAGAGAUUAAAGCGGGGGAAAAAUACAGCCCUUCAGGAGCAAAGCUUCUUGUGAACAACGUUGCUGUGGAGGACAGCGGGAGCUAUGCGUGCUCAGCCAGACUGACUCACUUGGGGAGACACUUCACCAUUAGAAACUACAUUGCUGUGAACACCAAGGAAGUUGAGUAUGGAAGAAGGAUCCCUAACAUCACGUAUCCAAAAAACAACUCCAUUGAAGUUCCACUUGGCUCCACCCUCAUCGUGAACUGCAAUAUAACAGACACGAAGGAGAAUACAAACCUGAGGUGCUGGAGAGUCAACAACACCCUGGUGGAUGACUACUACAAAGACUCCAAACGCAUCCAGGAAGGAAUCGAAACCAAUGUGUCCUUGAGGGAUCAAAUUCGGUACACAGUGAACAUAACAUUCUUAAAAGUGAAAAUAGAGGACUACGGCCGUCCUUUCACGUGUCACGCUGGAGUGUCUGCAGCCUACAUCAUUCUGAUACACCCAGUUCCAGACUUCAGGGCUUACCUCUUAGGAGGGCUUAUGGCGUUCCUACUUCUGGUUGUGUCUGUUCUGUUCAUCUACAACAGCUUUAAGAUCGACAUCAUGCUGUGGUACAGAAGCGCCUUCCACACUGCCCAGGCUCCAGAUGAUGAGAAGCUGUAUGAUGCCUAUGUCUUAUACCCCAAGUACCCGAGAGGAAGCCAGGGCCAUGAUGUAGACACACUGGUAAUGAAGAUCUUGCCUGAGGUGCUGGAGAAACAGUGUGGAUAUAAGUUAUUUAUAUUUGGCAGGGAUGAAUUCCCUGGACAAGCUGUGGCCAACGUCAUUGAUGAAAACAUUAAGCUGUGUAGGAGGCUGAUGGUCUUUGUCGCACCAGAGUCGUCUAGCUUCGGCUUUCUAAAGAACUUGUCAGAAGAACAAAUUGCCGUCUACAAUGCCCUCAUCCAACACGGCAUGAAGGUCAUUCUGAUCGAACUGGAGAAAGUCAAAGACUACAGCACCAUGCCCGAGUCCAUUCAGUAUAUCCGACAGAAGCACGGGGCCAUCCAGUGGGAUGGGGACUUCACAGAGCAGUCACAGUGUGCCAAGACCAAGUUCUGGAAGAAAGUGAGAUACCAUAUGCCACCCAGGAGGUAUCCGGCAUCUUCCCCAGUCCAGCUUCUGGGACACAUACCCUGCAAUUGCAAGGCGGGCAAAUGCAAUGCUGCCACAGGGCUCAUAACUCCCUGAGAGUGGUUAGUGUGUGUUGGCUCACACUACAUCCUCUCUGAAUUGUCUACUCAUGUAGCUGGCUCUUUUGUGCUUGUGAGCGACUUUGUCCUUGCCCUUGUAGCUUUUUGUUUAUUUGUAUUGUUUGUUGGAUGCUUUCAGUCAUAGCUGAUCCUUAUUUCUCCUGUUUGCUUCAUGGCUCCUGAAAACCCAUAUACUCCCCAAGCAUGGGGUGGCUCUAACAUUGGGCCUCUGUGUCAGCGGGACACUGAGGAUGACAGAUCAGGUGUCCAGGAUGCUUGAUCCUGGUUUGAGAUGGGAGGCUGGGCAGUCUGAGGAUACCAAGUAGAUAGCCUUAGGGAAGACCAGCAAGGACAGUAGUACAAUGUGUUUGUCCAGGGUCCACAAGAUUCUAGUCCUCAGGCAGUGUAGACUGAAUUUGAAUCUCCUUCAUUUAGAUAACUAACCAUUGUGAGAACAGGACGGAGGACUGGGAGUUCAGGGGGAGAAAGAGGUGACAGAAGAUGGGAGUGUGUGUGUAAGAGGUUACAGUUACAUGAUCAAUCCUCGGAAACCAGACUCAGGAAACCAGCAUUAGGGUGCAGAUCUGAGUUUAUUGUGCAGCCCUUAAGCUUAUAUACAGCGUUCGAGCCAAUCCCAAGCCCCUAAAUCCUCGGCCAAUCAUAUCUUGCCACAUCAUCACUAUGCCCCAAUGAAAGCCCUGCCUGAUGAGGUAACUCAAAAGGAGUUGGGGUGGGAAGCAUGUCACCUGUCAGGACUUCCGUGAAGAUGGAGGAAGUAGCUACUAACCCACCUCAGUUUCUUUUUGUUGUCUCAUGGUUGCACCAGAGCCAUCUUAAAAAUCUAGUGACAUGUGCAGCAAAUCAUGGCUCUUCAAGGAGCUGCGGGAGCCUGUGGUGCCUCGCUCUCCAUCCCACUUUUUCCUUCACAGGGUUGACUUCCACAUCCCCAAACCAUGGUAUUAGCAGGAUGCCCCUAGAAGCCGCUUAGAUGUCGCCAGGACCAAUGGUCUUCAUUUCCCUCCUUCCCAGCCCCUGUGAAUCAGACUAUUCUAGGAAAUUCAAAUAAGAGACACCGUUCGUUCAGGGUUUCUCAUUUUAUGACUGGCUUCUUUCACACACCACGGAUUUCUCAGGUUCAUCCAUAGAUUAGCCUUUUGUUUUAUUAUUAUCACUACUGUUUUUCUCUUCUUUUUCUUCCUCUUUAAAUUUCUCUCCCUCCUCACGAGCAUCCGGAGAGGAGCAUAGACUCUCUGCAUGCCUGCAGCGUGAUGAGCUCACUGAGGGUCCCUUCAAUCACAAGCUUGUACGUUUUGCUCUUCGGUUUCUCUUUGCACCAUGGGAAUUGUAACUCCUUACAGAGGAUUUGAGGGUUCAGGUACAAAGGCGUCGCUGACUGGUUCCCUCUUCUGUCUUCCUCACCCUGUAUGGGCUUUUGCUUCUGGUUGAUUCCUGGAAAUUGUCAGCAGUGAUGGAGAAACCUAGGGACAAGGCUGACUAAUGGAACUUGGCCUUUUUUCUUUGAAGCCCAGGACACAGUGCCUGCCUAGUGGGUCCUGGACACACCAGGUGGUUCCACUCUGCUCAGUGGUAACAUGUUUUAGCUGAGUCAUCAACAUUGGGUCCUUUAGUGAGGAGGUGGGAGCAUCUCUCCCCAGUUAGAUUUGGACUCUUACUUCCCUGCUCAAUUCCCUCUGAAAGAUUUAGGAGGCUAUGUCAGAAGCAGGGAGCCAUCACCCUGUGCCUUCUCUAUGAGGAUCCUUGUCACACCUGUGAUCACUAAUUUUAGAAAAUGUGUUUCCUUGUUCUGGCCACACUUAUGGGGACAUUAGCUGAGGCUGUUGUCAGAAAGGAAAGUUAACUCAUUUGAAGUAAACAUUUUCUGGAAAUCUCUGACUUCUGUCAGGCCAAUGGUGCUGAAAAUUUUAAAACUGAAUUCACGUUUUUUUUUGCCAGAAAGCUUUCCUCUUGCCAACAUGUCUCACUUUUCCUUUUGCUUAAACUUAUUGGAGAUGUAUUACGAAUGCUAAGAUGUGAGUGUGUUAUAUCAGUACAUUGACAUUUUAAAUAAAGUAUAUUUUAAUAAAA